UUGCUCUUGUAGUCAGAUGUUUUCAAGCACUUUCCCGGCGUUUGAUGACAGAUGUCAGCCACCCGAAGCUGCUGCAGAUUUGAACAGAAGUUUUCAGUAUGACAGUCCAGUAUUUGAGCUCAGGACUGCCUGUCCUGAUAUUUGUGGCAUGUGUGGAGAAGGACUCUCUGUGGCCUUUGAGGCCGUGCCAGCACAUGGAAGACGGGCCUACUUUACACAACUGUUACUGAUUGCUCCAAAUAAAGGUUCACUUCAGUUUGAAGACAAAUGGGAUUUCAUGCGCCCUAUCGUUCUGAAACUUCUUCGUCAGGAGUCUGUCACAAAACAGCAAUGGUUUGAUCUGUUUUCAGAUGUACAUGCAGUUUGUUUGUGGGAUGAUAAAGGUCCAGCAAAAAUCCAUCAGGCUCUGAAGGAAGACAUCCUUGAUUUUAUUAAACAGGCACAAGCAAGAGUGCUGAGUCAUCAAGAUGAUACAGCUUUACUAAAAGCAUAUAUAGUGGAGUGGCGAAAGUUUUUCACACAGUGUGAUAUUUUGCCCAAGCCAUUUUGUCAGUUAGAGAUUACUUUAAUGGGCAAGCAGGGCAGCAACAAGAAGUCUAAUGUAGAAGAUAGUAUUGUUCGAAAGCUCAUGCUAGAUACGUGGAAUGAAUCCAUAUUUUCAAAUAUAAAAAAUAGACUUCAGGACAGUGCAAUGAAGCUAGUUCAUGCUGAAAGACUAGGAGAAGCUUUUGACUCUCAGCUUGUUAUUGGAGUUCGAGAAUCAUAUGUUAAUCUUUGUUCUAAUCCUGAAGAUAAACUUCAGAUAUAUCGGGAUAACUUUGAAAAGGCAUAUUUGGAUUCAACAGAGAGAUUUUAUAGAACACAAGCUCCUUCUUAUUUACAACAAAAUGGUGUACAGAACUAUAUGAAAUAUGCAGAUGCUAAACUAAAAGAAGAAGAGAAAAGAGCACUACGAUAUUUAGAAACAAGACGUGAAUGUAACUCUGUAGAAGCACUAAUGGAGUGCUGCGUCAAUGCCCUGGUGACAUCUUUUAAAGAGACUAUUUUAGCUGAAUGCCAAGGCAUGAUCAAACGAAAUGAAACAGAAAAGUUGCAUUUAAUGUUUUCAUUGAUGGAUAAAGUUCCGAAUGGCAUAGAGCCCAUGCUAAAAGACUUGGAAGAACAUAUUGUUAGUGCUGGACUUGCAGAUAUGGUAGCAGCUGCUGAAACAAUUACUACUGAUUCUGAGAAAUACGUAGAGCAAUUGCUCACAUUAUUUAAUCGAUUUAGUAAAUUGGUUAAAGAAGCUUUUCAAGAUGAUCCAAGAUUUCUUACUGCAAGAGAUAAGGCAUACAAAGCAGUUGUGAAUGAUGCUACAAUAUUUAAACUUGAAUUGCCAUUGAAGCAAAAAGGUGUUGGAUUGAAAACACAGCCUGAAUCCAAAUGCCCUGAGCUGCUUGCUAAUUACUGUGACAUGUUGCUAAGAAAAACACCACUAAGCAAAAAACUAACCUCUGAAGAAAUUGAAGCGAAGCUUAAAGAAGUGCUUUUGGUACUUAAAUAUGUACAGAAUAAAGAUGUUUUCAUGCGAUACCACAAAGCUCACUUAACAAGACGCCUGAUAUUAGAUAUAUCAGCUGAUAGUGAAAUUGAAGAGAAUAUGGUGGAAUGGCUCAGAGAAGUAGGAAUGCCGGCAGACUAUGUAAACAAGCUGGCUAGAAUGUUCCAGGAUAUCAAAGUAUCUGAAGACUUGAACCAGGCCUUCAAAGAAAUGCACAAAAAUAAUAAACUUGCUUUACCAGCUGACUCUGUGAAUAUUAAAAUUUUAAAUGCUGGUGCCUGGUCCCGAAGUUCUGAAAAAGUGUUUGUCUCGCUGCCCACGGAAUUGGAAGAUCUCAUCCCAGAAGUUGAAGAAUUUUAUAAAAAGAAUCACAGCGGUAGGAAACUGCAUUGGCACCACCUCAUGUCUAAUGGAAUUAUAACAUUUAAGAAUGAGGUUGGCCAGUAUGACUUGGAGGUAACAACAUUUCAGCUAGCUGUGCUGUUUGCAUGGAACCAAAGACCCAGAGAGAAGAUCAGCUUUGAAAAUCUUAAACUGGCAACUGAACUCCCUGAUGCAGAACUUAGGAGGACUUUAUGGUCUCUUGUAGCAUUUCCAAAGCUGAAACGUCAGGUUUUAUUGUAUGAACCUCAAGUCAAUUCACCCAAAGACUUUACAGAAGGAACCCUCUUCUCGGUGAACCAGGAGUUCAGUUUAAUAAAAAACGCUAAAGUUCAGAAAAGGGGCAAGAUAAAUUUGAUUGGUCGAUUACAACUUACUACAGAGAGAAUGCGGGAAGAGGAAAAUGAAGGAAUAGUCCAGCUAAGAAUAUUGCGAACCCAGGAGGCUAUCAUCCAAAUAAUGAAGAUGCGGAAGAAAAUUACUAAUGCCCAGCUUCAGACUGAACUGGUAGAAAUAUUGAAAAACAUGUUCUUGCCACAAAAGAAAAUGAUAAAAGAGCAAAUUGAGUGGCUUAUAGAGCACAAGUAUAUCAGAAGAGAUGAGUCGGAUAUCAACACCUUCAUAUAUAUGGCAUAAUUUGAGGACUUUGCAGGAUGUUGAGAACAUAAAUGGAAGGGUGCUUGGACAGACAGCUGCAACAGUUUGUGCUCCAGAAGGACUUGUUUUGACUUUCGUUACGUAUUAAAAUCCCUGCCUUACCUUACAGAGGACUCUAUUUUGCCAAUCUCUUUCAGCUAGCAUGAUGGCAUUCCCUUCAUGUUGCACACUUUUAACAGCAUGCUGUUUUGUGGGAAACUUGCAUUCAUGAAGAGCCCAUUGUGAACUUUUUAAAGUAGAUUUGAUUUACACACACCAGGAAGAAUACAGGUUUGGGUUUUUAGAUGACCAGUACUUGCACAAGGAGAAAAUAUUCAAAUAUUCAUGCACUGAGGAACUGCUAUUAGUUUUGUUUGGGGUUUGGGGUUUUUUUUGGUUUGUUUGUUUCUUUUUUUUUAAUGCAAUUAGGACUAGAAGUAGCACUUUCACUUUUGUGUUUUGGAUCAACGGAGUAAUGUACUGUCCACCUUUUGAUCCUUUAUAUGUAAUAACAUUUGAGAGACACAAACACAUCACAACUGAUACGCAUUUGUUACAGUUAAAACCUGUUGGCUAGAGCAGUGCUUCAAUCUAGUAACUGGAUGUUAAUAAUUGACAAAUAAGUGACAUAAAAAUAAUUCCAAGUCAUGGGUGAUAUUUUUCCUUAAGCAGGAGAUCAUUGUUUUUAAAUUGUUUGCUGUAAACAAGUGGAUAUACAUUAUUUGUUACCUUAUUUGGACAGCCGAUUUGCUACAAUCCUUUUUGAGAAGGUAAAGCUUUCUUGAAUGAUACUUCACUUCAAAGGCAGUUUUCGUGGGUGGGCCUGUUAUACUGAACAGAAAUAUUAAGUGUAUUUCCUUGUACAUUUAAUAUUUGUAUUCCAAAUAUUUAAGUAUGACUAUAUAUAUCUGAAUGCAUUAAAAAUAAUUGAUGCACAAUUACCCCCCAAAAGAAAAUAACACUUGAAGAUCCCUGUACUAAUUCCUUAUUGGUAAAUUUACAGAUACAUGCAAGGCUAAUCCAAUUUGACUGGUUUAUUCCUUAGAAUCAUCUUUCUAUGAAAAACCCUCUGCUUUUUAUUUUGAAACUGGCAGGGUAGAAAAUAGAUUUCUAAUGAAAUGGUAAAAAGCUAAGGAAAAAUACCUUGUUUAGUGUAUGCAGAGAGAGUGCCAAAUACACAUCAGGAAUUUCAACUUUUUAAUGUUACCUCUUCUGUUUUCAAUCAUCUGAAGUAGUUGUUUGGCACUGCCUGCCUCUCUGCUAUUCUGAAAGUUCCCAGCAUGUACUGGACUGAUAACAUGAAUCACUGGAGCAGAGUGCCUCUCUUGGGACAAAAGGUAAGUUGCACUUUACUCUUCUGUAUAUUCUUCUAUAAACCGCAACUGUGUGAAUAUUGUUAAUUAACCAGUUCAAGUACAGCUUCUAAAGGUCUUACUGUCCUUGAUGAUUGAAAGGGGGAAGAGGAUAUAAUUAACGUUAAUCAAAAAAGAAAACCUUCCAGUAAGUAAGAGGAGGACUUUUGCUUUCACAUGGUUGCAGUAAAGUUUACAGUAAGAGUGGUUUAAAAGCAAACUACAAGAAUGGCUGUUUGCACCCUUAAACAAGGCUGCAUGCUGUUACUCGUGUAAAUGCCAGUGUGGCUACCUGAGAACAGUGUGUACUUGGACAUUUGAGUAGGAAAUUUUUGGUAGUGAGGGUUUCAUGACCAAGAGAUGGAGGGAAAUUGAGACCUGGCUGGUUACAAUUGAUUGAAAUCCCACAGCUUAUGUUACAUGCUUUUGUUGAUACUCGAAAGUGGAUGCUGUUUAAAAGUAAUCUUUUCUGUUGGCCCUGUGGUGUUGCAGUUCAGAACCAAAAGCAAGUGAUGCUCCAUGUAGUUAACCAGUAAAACUAUUUGAACAUUAAAACCCAAAUUCUAAUAAAAUUUGUACUGCAAGACGUUCAGUCUUUGUAACUUAAAAGUAGUAAGUGCUCACUUGGGAUAAUUGGGGGGAAACAUGACAGUCUGAGCGCACUCGUCAACAUUAAAAAAUUCCAGCCCGUAACCAUAGAAAAGCAGGUGUGAAAUUGUCUUGCAGAAGGAGCUGCAAAGGGGGUAAUGCUGAUUUUGAAGCCAUUGAUUUAGAUUUGAGGGAGAAGUUUAAAAGACUGCAUCUCAUACUCUGGCUUCCUAAACAGUUGUGUAUGCAGAAAGCGGUUGCUCAAAGCUAAGGAGCUACACGUUCCCUCAACUAAUAAAUAUAAAAUAAUACAACCUAAAUGUUACCUAUAUAUUUCUCAACACCUGGGAUGCAGAAAUGGAAUUGGUAAUGUGCCUAAGACAUGGUCAUUUUUCUUUAAAUAUGUACCGGAAAUGGAUGUUGGGUUUUUUAUUAAAUCUGAGACUCACACCAGCAAAUCUGUUAAAGAUUCAGAAUCACAUUUAGCGUCCUUCAUCAGGUCAUUUUCACCAAUAUGCACUUAAAACUAGUAUCACCUGGGGCACAGGGAGAUAUCUGGGGUGAACUGUUCUUUUGGGGAGGGUAGAGUUCAUAUCUAAAUGAAAAUGAACUAUUCUUCACUUGCAAUAUGGCAACAACGCACUUUUAAGGCUGCAAUUUUUAGCUAUGAAUAUGUAUGUCCAAAGACCUAGCUUAAAGAGGUGCUGCAUCUGAAAAACAUGUUGCCACACACACUGCCACGGUGAAUAGCUCUGGAAUGAAAUCUGGUGUAGAAGAGGGGGGG